AUGCCUUCCGAAGAACCCCAACCCGAGGAGUCGAGACUGCUCCUCGUCUCGAAUCGAUUGCCUAUUACAAUCAAGCGCUCGGAUGAUGGAAAGUAUGAUUUUUCCAUGUCGUCAGGUGGUCUCGUCAGUGGAUUGAGUGGCCUGACGAAAUCGACGACGUUCCGGUGGUAUGGAUGGCCUGGCUUGGAGGUCCCGGAAGAAGAGAUUCCCGUCGUGCAGAAACGUCUCAAGGAUGAAUAUGGAGCUAUCCCUGUUAUGAUUGACGAUGAGCUUGCUGAUCGACAUUACAAUGGUUUCUCUAAUUCGAUCCUCUGGCCGCUGUUCCACUACCAUCCUGGCGAAAUCACAUUCGACGAAUAUGCAUGGGAGGCAUACAAAAAAGCGAACCGUCUGUUUGCGCAAGCCGUUGCCAAGGAUGUCCAAGAUGGUGAUCUAGUCUGGGUUCACGACUACCAUUUGAUGCUGCUACCGGAGAUGCUGCGAGAGGAGAUUGGCGACUCGAAAAAGAAUGUCAAGAUUGGAUUCUUCCUUCACACACCGUUCCCAAGCAGUGAGAUCUAUCGCAUCCUGCCCGUGCGGAAUGAACUUUUGCUCGGUGUCUUGCACUGUGAUUUGAUUGGAUUUCACACAUAUGACUAUACACGACACUUUUUGAGCAGUUGCUCACGGCUUCUUAACCUACAAACCACUCCAAAUGGAAUCGAGUUUCAAGGCAAGAUUGUCGCUACCGGAGCUUUCCCUAUCGGCAUUGACCCGGACAAGUUCAAGGAAGGACUCAUGAAGGAAAAAGUCCAGAAACGAAUUGAGGUCCUUGAACAAAAGUUCCAAGGGGUGAAACUCAUGGUCGGAGUAGAUCGUUUGGAUUACAUCAAGGGUGUCCCGCAGAAACUACACGCUUUAGAAGUGUUCCUCAGUGACCACCCUGAGUGGGUUGGCAAGGUGGUGCUUGUACAGGUUGCAGUUCCUAGCCGACAGGAUGUCGAAGAAUAUCAGAACCUGCGAGCAGUCGUCAAUGAACUCGUUGGCAGGAUUAAUGGAAAGUUUGGUACCGUCGAGUUCAUGCCAAUUCACUUUUUGCAUAAAUCAGUCAACUUUGACGAACUUAUUGCCUUGUAUGCCGUCUCAGACGCAUGCAUCGUGUCCUCUACCCGCGAUGGAAUGAACCUCGUCGCCUACGAAUACAUCGCUACACAACACAAGCGUCACGGCGUUCUUGUCUUGUCUGAAUUUGCCGGAGCAGCCCAAUCACUCAAUGGCAGUAUCAUAGUCAACCCCUGGAACACCGAAGAACUUGCCGGCGCCUACCAGGAAGCUGUGACCAUGAGCGAGGAACAAAAAGCAUUCAACUUCUCCAAGCUCGAAAAAUAUGUAUCCAAAUACACGAGCGGAUUCUGGGGACAAGCAUUUGUCAGCGAACUGAAACGCAUCUCAUCACAAUCACAACAGAAAGUCGCAGUUAGAAAAGCAUCGCUUCUUGUUCCUGGUGUGUCUGGCCCUGUAAUGAACGGGAACGGCGAAGGCGAGCAAGCCGCUCCGGAUGAGACGGUAGUGGUGUUGUCGGAGGAAUAA